UUAAGAACUGUACACAUCCAGCUGUCACAGGGUAAACUGACCAAGCAGAAAAACUUUGGUUUAAUCCUGCGGUACUUUCCCCCUUGCCUGUGACUUUCUCUGGCAGUCCUCUCUAUACUUGAGGAUCUGGACUCCAGAUCAGAGAAGAAAUCGGAAAUGGCUAAAACUGGCCGAGAGAGAUAGUUUCUUCGAAGGAUUUUACACUGUAAAGGAGAAAGUUUCAGAACGCUUUGAAACAAAGUAAGAAUGAAGUCUUGCUUCUAGCCAAACAAGUUGGCAUCUUUGUAGGCAGGAGAUGUAACACUGGUGAAUAUUUACUUCAGGAUUCUUUACCAGGAGAAACUCGGGCUUGUUCUUCAAGGAGUAAAUGUUUUACAGGCGAGGUGAGAUCUGCAUGUGCCUCUGUGUUCUUUCCAACUGACUUCUGGAGACAGUCUUAGAUGACUGGCUAAGACAAAAUGCCCCAGUGAUCCCCGAGGCACAGCCAGAUUGUGGGUACCAUGUCUACCACACAAAGGAAAGACGGCAGCCACCUGUUUGCCAGUUUGUGCCCGUGCCAGCUGAAGGUGCAGGAGGACCAGCAGCAGCAAGAAAAAUAUGUCAUUGCUCAACCAACAUUUGUUUUUGAGAAAGGAGAACACACUUUCAAGAGACCUGCAGAGGACAGCCUGGAUGAAGAAGCGGCAGAACAUGAAUUCAGUGGUUUCUCAAGAAAACGCAUAAGGUCUUCAUCUGUCACGCUUUAUAGUACAGAUUCCCAGUCUCCAGGAGUGGCAGCUUUGUCUCAGACGCGCCUGAGGUCCUCAUCAUUUACUGAUGUCCCAACCUUCCCCCCCUCUGGGCCAGUGAAGAAAAACAAUGUUUUUAUGACAUCAAGUCUGGUGCAAAGGAAUAUUGACAUGAACAACAUAGAGCAAGGUCCCGUGAGACCUUCGGAGCAGGUUCUAAGACCUGCUAUUUUGCAGCCACCUCAAGCUCAACGCUGCAAAAACAUAAGCAAAAUAUUUGGGCACGGUGAAUUGAAAUUCUGCAAAAUUAAGGAAAAUAUCAAGCACAAGAUAUCUGAUGCAAACUCUAGUUUGCAAAGUGAAAAUUUACCAAAUGCCAGUUCAGUCCAGCUGUCUACUGAUCUGCACGUCUCAGAGGAAACCUCGGGAUGCCAACCAAAGGAAGACAAGCAUUCUUUUAAAAGCUGCAGUUCUGACUUCGUUUUUGGAGAAAACAUGGUAGAAAGAGUCUUGGGCACUCAAAAGCUCACCCAGUCUUCACUUCAAAACCAUUCAUAUGCCAAGGAAAAAACAUUCAAAUCUGUUCUGAAAUUUCCUAACGCCACUUCAGAUCCAAACUCUGUUAAAAAUCUAUCCCUAAUUGAAUCAGCUACUGCCUUUUCUUCUAAACCAUCACAAAAAUGCUUGCUUGAGAAAAUUGAUGUCAUAACAGGAGAAGAAAUGGAACAUAAUGUGUUAAAGAUCAACUGCAAGAUCUUUGUAUUCACCAGAAUAACACAAUCCUGGACUGAAAGAGGCCGAGGAAUCCUGAGGCUGAACGACAUAGCAAGCAGCGACUGUGGGACACUACAGUCAAGACUAAUCAUGCGCAACCAAGGCAACCUGAGGCUGGUCCUCAACAGCAGACUCUGGACCCAGAUGAAGAUUCAGAGAGCAAAUCACAGAAAUCUGCGAAUGACUGCGACCGAUUUAGAAGACGAUGGUAUAAAAAUAUUCUUAAUUCAGGCUAGUGCCAAAGACAUAGGCUAUCUGUACGCAGCGAUCCAUCACCGCCUCGUUGCCCUCCGAAGCCUCAGGAAGCACGCUGACAGCGAUCCUGCUGAAAGCCAACCGGAUACAGUUCUCCAGCAGUUCAGCUGUGACGAGGACGAGGAGGACUUCGUACAAGUCACUAAAAAUGGAUCAGGCCCUUCAAGGUGGAACUACAGACAGUCAGUCGUCUGUUCAUAGCGCUCUCCUGUUCCCAGCGCUCUCCUGUUCCCAGUGCUCUCCUGUCCCCAGCGCUCUCCUGUUCCCAGCGCUCUCCUGUCCCCAGGACAGCUACAGAAACUGUCACGCUCCUGACAUGCCAGACUGCCCUAACCGAGGAGAUGCUGCACAUACCUUGAGGAGGUUUUUUUUUUUUUAAAUUAAAGAAACACAAUUUCUUGUAAUUAAAAGUUUUAUGUUUUACAUUUUGAAUAUUGUGGACAGAAUUUAAGAAAUGAACUUCAGAAGAUAAAAAUUCAUCCUAAUCUAGAAUAGGAUUUAAUAACUAAUUUGGAUAACUCAUCAUGUUGAUGAAUAUAAUAAUUAAAAGUAUAAAUUGAUACCUUGAUAAGUAUCUAACUAAAGUAUUUAUUUUAGUCAUGCAUUGUCUGGCUUUAGAAAAAAAUACUUUACUAAAUUUACAGUCAUAUCUUUAAAAGUAUUAUAGCUGCAAGGCAUUUUAUUAAAUCAUGUUUAUCUCCCGAGAAAUAUCUAUUCUCACUCACAUGCUCAGUUUCCUAAUACAUAUAUUCAGGGAGAAAUUCUCUUACAAAAAUGUCUGCUCAUGGACUUGUAUCCAUUGCAUCUUAUGUAUCUGACUCACAGUCAGUACACAACUGUUGGAGAAUAAUGGAACAAAAUGUAAUAUAUUAUCAUGUGUCAAAAAAUACAAAAGCUAAAUAUUAAUGUUCUUUAUUUAUGUGAUUGUCAUUAAUAUAGUCUCGCAGUGUGUAGCUAUGUAGAAACCCUUUUAUAACAAAUGUAUCAUAUAAAGUCAAAUGACUAUCUCAAAUUCUACCAUUAUGGUAUAGUGAUUUCAAUAUUUUUCAGAAGAUGUUUUUAUGCACUUUUGAUAUUUCAGAGACAUUUUAUGAAGCAAACAUGAAAAUCAGUCUCAGUACUUAGGGCCAUAUUUUAUUUUAUUGGUGGCCCUAAACAGUUCCAUCCCAGGAUAAAGAUUCAGGAUCCUAAACGGUUUCUGAAUGUGAUCUGAACCCUCACGUACAUACUUGUAAUGAGGUAUGACUGCACAAACCGCUACACUGAGGUAACAGUUCUUUGCAAGCAUAUAUCUGAAUAGAUAUUUUAAAAGUUAACAUUUCUUAAUUGCCUUUGUAACAACAAAAGCAUCCGCAUGUACAUAUUUAUCAACCAAACCUCAGCUCAAAUCACAGUUUAGCAUACUGCAGCCGAACAAGCUCUUAAGAGUAGGAUUUGAUUAAUAUGUUCAGAAGAAGAGAAAAGGGACACUGAAGAGAGAGAGGCAGUUCCAUGAAAAGAAGUAAAUUUAGAUAAUUAAGAUUAUUUCUCCUCUAUCAUCAUUUAUAAAAGCAACUCUGGUGCAGAACACACUCAGUGGAUAAUUCCUACUAGGAACAUAAUAGAGUCAGGGAGGCACUUGAAAGCACUGGUUCACCUAUAAGACCUUAGCUUUUUGGGAACAUUGCAAUUAUAGGAUAAUUGUUGAAGCAAGCGGAAAACAGAGGCUCCUUUAUCUCUUGGCAUGUUUCUCCUUGUUCCUAUACUGGAAUGGAAAUGAAACAACAUUUUGUCUGUGUGCCAACUAUUUUACUAUAAGUUGAAUCAACUCUGAUUUUCUCUGGUCUUCUGUAGAGAUAGCAAAGGAGAAACAAUCUUACUUGUGGCCUAUACAGAAAUGUCAGGAGACCCCCACGUAGGUUAGAAUGUCAGCAAGGCAGGGACAGUGAAAACUUCUGGAUCACGAAACAGUGACAAAGAGCAGAAACAUGAGAUAUCAUGCAACAUUUCUUCAUCUUGAUUAAAAGAAAAAUCUAGCCUUCCUCUCCCUUUUCUUGUUUUUGUUUUUGUUUUUUUCUACAAACUUUAUCUCCUUCCAAUAAGAGGUAACCAAUUAUACAAUAAUAUCAAUUUUCUUAAGUUAUUCAGACAGGUGAUUGCUAAUCCUACAUUCUGGAUUUUCAGACCAGCUAUUUUUAUCAAAAACUUCUAAUUUUAUGUUGAAUUAAGAUAUUUUAAGAUCAUCUAAACAUUCUCUUUCAAUAGUAUUUACUCCAAUUGUUUAGCUUCGUUAUGACUCAUUAAAAUGUUUUCUGUUACCAAAUCUUAUUUUA